AUGGCGGAUCAAUAUCUGGCAGUGGUUAUCGAGGCCAAUGCAUUUGUGGAUGUUGAACCUGCUUUCGACUCCUCAUUAGGGCUGGCGCAGAUGGAGUACCUGCAAAGCAACCGGAUAUAUAACACCGUUAAAGGACGCUCCUUUAUCGAUCUCGAGUGCGCUGACGAUGUUGCUAUAUUUGCGCAAAGCAGUACGAAACUUCGACAUGUUGUCAGCCUUGUAUUGAAGCUGGCUGCAGCCUAUGGACUACGUCUUCGCCCUGAUAAAUGCAAGCAGUUGUGGAUCUCUUCGCGAACUCGAAAGGAAAUCGGGAUGAUAGAUUCAUUGUCUUCUGUGCAUAAUGUAGUCAACUUCCGGCAAUAUUUGAAUGUUAUACAUCAGCUGCAGUUACAGUUGUCAUUACUGGCCUGUGUAAAGAUUUUACAAGGGAACAUCGAUGAAAAAAUGGCACAAAAUCGUAGCAGAUCUGGUAAAAACAAGAUCAUUCCUAGAUCUAUCACAAAGACAGUGCACAGCAAUGGUUCAAUUACCUACAACCUGCUCGCAAUCACUGACAUGGAUGAAGCAGGAAGAGAGGCAAAAGAUAAAUAUAACUGGCGCGCUGUAACUAGGAAUGGAACACUUACUAUAAGUCAAGACAAAAAAACGGUGACCGUGAACUGGUUGGAGAGUUCUGAUAAGAAUAUCACUUCGGGACUGAAUUACAAAGGAAGAGCAAUGGAGUUGUCAGAUCUCUCAGAAUACAACGGACACCUCCUAUCACCUGAUGAUAAGACCGGACUGUUGUACGAAAUUAAAGACGGGAAGGCAAUUCCAUGGGUGUUCCUUAACUCUGGACCAGGAAACACAACUAAAGGAAUGAAAGCAGAGUGGUUAACUGUAAAAGAUGAUUUGCUGUAUGUAGGAGGUCACGGUACUGAAUACAGAGACAAAACCGGAGCCGUAGUGAGCGAAGAUUCAAUGUGGAUUAAGACCAUUACAAAAACGGGAAAAGUAAGAAGCGAGAACUGGAAGGAUAUUUAUACGAACAUGCGCGACUGGGCUGGGUACCAUGAACCCGGUUACCUGACGCAUGAGGCAGUGCAAUGGUCAGAGAUUCGAAAGAAGUGGUACUUUCUGCCUAGAAAAGCCUCAAAAACAAUUUACAAUGAGACGGAAGACGAGAAGAAGGGUGCUCACAUAUUAAUCGAAGCUAAUCCCGAACUCAACUUGUUGAAGGUGAUUAACGUUAAAGAUGGCAAAGGUAGUCCCAAGUAUGAUCCAGAAAAAGGCUUCUCUGCCUUUGACUUCAUUCCGAAUACUGAUGAUGAACUGAUUCUUGCAAUUAAAUCAAAGGAAGUGACUGGUAGUCCUCCUGAGAGCUACAUUACCGUCUUCAACGUCAAUGGUACAGUAUUGCUCCCUGACCAGAUACUUGAUGGAAAUCUUAAGUUCGAAGGAAUAUACUUUGUGUGA